UAGGUUGUCUCCGGGUUUAGGAAGGACCAAUGGCGCGGCAACAGCUUGGAGCAUAGCUUUUUCCCCAGGAGUUGGUUUUUGAAACUUUAAACUCCCGCCACCCGAGCUGCGUCCUGACGGCCCCGCCCACAACAGAGUCGUCACGUGCUUAGCCUCUGCAUCGCGAGGGUUUCUGGGAGAGCGUGUACUCCAAGAGCGGAAGUCCAGGGCUCUGGCACGUCAUUUCCUGUCUAGGAGGGGAGCGCAACGGCCGAGUUUUCCCUGCGCUCCGCGGAUAUCUCAUCAUGAAAGAGGUGAAGAGCGAGCGGGAGCGGGGGAGCCGGCGCAGGCACCGGGACGAGGACGUGGCGGCGGCGGCGGCGGUGGUGGUGAAGCAAGAACGCCUCAGCCCGGAGGCCGCGCCUCCCGCUCACCGCCGCCCGGACUCCGGCGGCAGCGCGUCCCCGCCAGCCGGCGAGCCUGGCCGCCCUGGUCACCGCGGGAACCGAGCGCAAAGGCGUAGCCGAUCCCCAGCCAAAAAGAAAAAGUCCUCAGGGAGAAGAAGCAAGUCUCCUCGGAGUAACAGAAGCCGAAGUCCUCACCACUCAACAGUCAAAGUGAAGCAGGAACGUGAGGAUCAUCCACCCCGGAGAGAACGGGAAGAUCGGCAGCACCGGGAAGCAUCAGGACAGGAACACAGGCGAGCUAGGAGUAGUGACCGAGGCAGGCACAGGGGCCACUCCCACCAGAGGAGAACCUCUAACGAGAGACCUGGGAGUGGGCCGGCUCAGGGACGUGAUCGAGACCUUCAGAACCUGCCCGCUCAGGAAGCAGAGCGGGAGUUUUAUAAUGCCCGAAGGCGGGAGCAUCGCCAAAAGAAUGAAGGCAGUACCAGUGGUAACGAGUCUCAGGAGUUGGUUCCUCCGCCUGGUGGCAACAACAAGAACAAAGAGGUGCCCGUCAAGGAAAAGCCAAGCUUUGAACUUUCUGGGGCACUUCUUGAGGACACGAACACCUUCCGAGGUGUAGUCAUUAAAUACAGCGAGCCCCCCGAAGCACGUAUCCCUAAAAAACGGUGGCGUCUCUACCCAUUUAAAAAUGAUGAGGUGCUUCCAAUCAUGUACAUUCAUCGACAAAGCGCUUACCUCCUGGGGCGACACCGCCGUAUUGCAGACAUUCCAAUCGAUCAUCCCUCUUGUUCAAAGCAGCACGCGGUCUUUCAGUAUAGGCUUGUGGAAUACACCCGUGCUGAUGGGACAGUUGGCCGCAGGGUGAAGCCCUACAUCAUUGACCUUGGCUCAGGCAAUGGAACAUUCUUGAAUAACAAGCGCAUUGAGCCACAGAGAUACUACGAACUGAAGGAAAAGGAUGUACUUAAAUUUGGGUUCAGCAGCAGAGAGUAUGUUCUGCUUCAUGAGUCCUCUGACACCUCUGAAGUAGACAGGAAAGAAGACGAGGAUGAGGAGGAAGAGGAAGAAGUAUCUGACAGCUAGCAAACUAAUAAACAACCCAAACUCUUGAGAGACCUUUCCUUUCUGAGAAGGCUUUGUGAUUGACUCAAGAGCACCGGGGCGCUCUUUGUAAUGCCUCUUAUUGCCUUAAGUCUCUCCUCGGUUGCUGACCAGCUUAUGUUAUAAUGUAAGAAAACUGACGUGUUUGUUUGAACUUUUUUCUGUGGCACAUCACCCACUUGCCUGUGGGCAUAUGUUUUCAGAGCAGUCUCACCAACACAUCGUGUUCUCGUAGAAGCAUCGUGGCUUUAGUUGGUGCUUUCAGAACUGCUGCCUAGGAAACUAUAAACCCUUAUCUAACGGGGAAUUGUGGCUUGUUCUCUUUGUACAGUUACUUUAUUUAUAGGCUUUGUGGACUGGGUUUUUUUUUUUUUUUUUUUCCCCUGGGGCAAAUCCCUUAACAGAAUCUUUCUCAGCUUUGGUUAUCACCAAAACAGCCUCCUGUAUAUACCAAAGCUUUGACUUGGUUGAGCUCUUGAGUCACAGAAAUUGAUUUUGCACUUCUUUUUUGGGGGGUGGGAAUUUACCACAUGACCUCAUUAUUGACUGUUGGACUUAAACAGAUGCUUUAAGGAGCCUGAUUAAGCAUUUGACUGUACAGGAAGAUCAUGACUACUGCCAGUGGGGGCCGAUUUAAUGUCACGAGAGGCUGAGAUGCAUCGAGGAUCUGUUUCCUGUGAGAGAAUUCUGAUUUCUCCAUGGAGCAUGUACAGAACAAUUUUGACCAUCUUAUUUGUUCUUCAACUUCGCAUUUUUAUUCAAAUGUUAAUCUCUCUUUUGAGAAACACACUAUUAUUUAUGUGGCAGGGUCCUUUCUUCUAACAACUUGUGUACAUGUCUAAAGGAGGUUGUGUAGUUUACAUGUUUCAUCUUUUUAAAAACAUCUAGAGAGGUUGUAUUUACCUUCCCAAGGCUGGAAAGCAUGGGAAUUUCCUAAUUUUCCACUAAAGGAAUCUGUGUAAGUAGAUAAUUCAUAACUACUUACAUAUAUAUAGUGUGAAUAUAUAUCUAAUUGUGUGUGAAAGAGCUGCAACUGAUUUUCAUAUGAGGAUGUUUUGUGAUGUAAAUGUAAUGCUACAUUAUAGGUAAAGUCUCCCUGCAUUUGAAGAGCAGGUUUUCAUUUAUAUGUAUUUUUGGGAUAAAAAAAUAAUAAAAUUUGUAAAUAUAGCCCCAUA